AACGUUUACGGGUGUGAAAAAUACGAGCACGAGUGUCACGUGCAAUCGUUUAUGUUUUUAAAGCAGGUUUCCAUAAAACACUAAAGUGAAGAAGAGGAAGGAGAAAAUGGAGGAAGACAACCUUUCACUGGUCUUGCACAGUAAAGGCGAUUUAAGGCUGGAACAACGUCCCAUACCAGAGCCUGGAGCUGAUGAGGUUUUACUUCAGAUGCACUCAGUAGGGAUCUGCGGCUCAGAUGUGCACUACUGGCUGAAUGGACGGAUUGGGGACUUUGUCCUUCAGAAGCCGAUGGUCCUGGGCCAUGAGGCAGCCGGGCGAGUGGUUAAAGUGGGAUCUGCAGUCACCCACCUCAAACCAGGUGACAGGGUGGCUGUUGAACCUGGAGUUCCCAGAGAAAUGGACGAGUUUUUCAAAUCUGGACGUUACAACUUAUCACCUACUAUCUUCUUCUGUGCCACACCACCUGAUGACGGGAACCUCUGCAGAUACUACAAACACAAUGCCAAUUUCUGCUACAAGCUUCCUGAAAAUGUGAGCUACGAGGAAGGGGCUCUGAUUGAACCGCUCUCAGUAGGGAUUCAUGCAUGCAGGAGAGCUGGAGUUACUCUGGGCAGCUGUGUGUUCAUCUGUGGAGCAGGACCAAUCGGCCUGGUCACCCUGUUGGUAGCUAAAUCCAUGGGAGCCUCUCAAGUGCUUAUAAGCGACCUGUCUGGUGAUAGGCUGGCCAAGGCGAAAGAGUUAGGUGCUGACUUCGUUUUUCCUGUUAAGAGAGAGGAUACACCACAGGAAAUGGCCAAACGUGUGAGUGGUAUGCUGGGGGGCAUGCCUCACAUCACCAUCGAGUGUUCUGGUGUCGAGAGUAGCAUCCAAACUGCAAUCUAUGCCACACGCUCUGGAGGGGUAGUUGUUCUGGUUGGACUCGGUGCUGAAAUGACCACAGUGCCUCUCGUUAACGCCGCUGUCAGAGAAGUGGACAUCCGAGGCGUGUUCCGAUACUGCAACACGUGGCCUAUGGCUAUUUCUAUGCUGGCAUCUAAGCGUGUGAAUGUAAAGCCACUGGUCACACACCGCUUUCCACUGGAGCAAGCUGUGCAGGCGUUUGAGACGACUAAACAAGGCAUUGGGAUCAAGGUCAUGCUGAAAUGUGACAAAAAUGACCAGAAACCAUGAGAAAUGAAAGAAAAUGAAAUCUCUCCCCUUUAAUAAAACAAUUUAAUCUAGUCUUAUUUCAAUUUUAGAAUUAAUACUGUCUAGCCAAUCAUGAAUUUCAUGAAUUUAUGAACAUACUGUAAUGGAUAUUGUGGUCAAAUUAAAUGAGAGUUUUUAGAAUCAUGCGUUACAGUAACAUUGGGCUGCAUUUCUAUAAGUUAAACCUACAAAAGACAAGCUCAUACAUGGUGAAAAAUGAGCUUGCCCUGUUCUAAUGUUUGUCCUGUUCCUUUUAGAAGAGAAUGAAUGAAACACCACUCACUCACUCACUCACUCACUCACACUCAUUUUCUACCGCUUACCCGAACUACCUCGGGUCACGGGGAGCCUGUGCCUACCUCAGGCGUCAUCGGGCAUCAAGGCAGGAUACACCCUGGAUGGAGUGCCAACCCACACACACUCUCAUUCACUCACGCACUCACACACUACAGACAAUUUUCCAGAGACGCCAAUCAACCUACCAUGCAUGUCUUUGUACCGAGGGAGGAAACCGGAGUACCCGGAGGAAACCCCCGAGGCACGGGGAGAACAUGCAAACUCCACACACACAAGGCGGAGGCAGGAAUCGAACCCCCAACCUUGGAGGUGUGAGGCGAACGUGCUAAACACUAAGCCACCGUGCCCCCAUGAAACACCAUAUAAAUGUAAAUUCACUCUUAAAUGAAGGGUAUUUUGCUAGAUGUUGUAUGAUGUGAUUAUAACCACCAGGGGGUAACAGAACUCUACAUACUGGAGUUAUUAAUAUUCACAGACAGGAUUCAUAACUCAACCUCAUCACAAUUACAGCAGUGGAUUUCGGAGAGCCAUUGAUGUUUGCCAGGGGUCCAUUAUAUAUUUAUUUAUUUUAUUCAUUCAUUCAUACGUUCAUCUUCUACCACUUAUCCGAACUACCUCGGGUCACGGGGAGCCUGUGCCUAUCUCAGGCGUCUUAUUUAUUUUAUGUUGUUUUUAAUUUACCAACGGUGUUGAAAAUCAUAACCCCCUACUAUGACGAAAGAUUUAUUUUAUAGUUAUCCUCUUUAAUCCAGUUUAAUCCAGACCAACUUAACAUAAAUUAAGUCAACCUGGACCUAAUGUGUUCUGCUGGUGGAAGGCUAGGAAAUAUAUAUGGCUUUAGUGGUAAUAAAUAAUGUUUUAUUAAAACUCUCUCUCUCUCUCUCUCUCUCUCUCUCUAUAUAUAUAUAUAUAUAUAUAUAUAUAUAUAUAUAUAUAUAUAUAUAUAUAUAUAUAUAUAUAUAAAAAAAACUAUGAUCUGUCUUAUUGGAAAAUGGGUUUCAUUUUGGUGAGAUAAGAAUAGGUUGCCAUGACUACAGAUGUGGGUCGGGUUCAACUCAAAUUGUUAUGAGAAUGGGCUCCGCUUAUCUUAAGAGGCCUCUGGAGCCUGCAGGAAGACAGGGAUGUAAUAAGCCAAGUUAUCAUGUCAGAGAGACCGCAGCGAAUGUGUAGUUUAAAAACUGAAAUUGAAAUGUAUUUAUUUCAGAAAUGUUUCCGGAUAAGGAAAUAAAAUACACUAUUAAAGAAAA